CGGCGGUGGCGGCCGCUCCCGGGACAGCGACGCAGCGCGCCGGCGGCCGCGACAGGGCCGGUGAGGCUCCGCAGCCCGCCGCAGCCGCAGCCGCCGCCUCGCCGCUGAGGGCCCGAGAGCGCGGCGGCGGGCGCGCGGCCUGCGAGAACGGCCGGAGCGGCGGGCGCGGCGCGGCGCCGAGCGUCCUGUCAGGCGGCCGAGGGCGCCGCGGACCCGCGCCGAGAUGAUGCCGAUGAUAUUAACCGUGUUCUUGAGCAACAACGAACAGAUUCUAACAGAAGUUCCUAUAACACCAGAAACAACAUGUCGAGAUGUUGUAGAAUUUUGCAAGGAACCUGGAGAAGGCAGUUGCCAUUUAGCUGAAGUGUGGAGGGGAAAUGAGCGUCCCAUACCCUUUGAUCACAUGAUGUAUGAACAUCUUCAGAAGUGGGGGCCGCGCAGGGAAGAAGUGAAGUUUUUCCUUCGACAUGAGGAUUCCCCCACCGAGAGCAGUGAGCAAGGCGGCCGUCAGACCCAAGAGCAGAGAACUCAGAGGAACGUAAUAAAUGUACCUGCAGAGAAACGCACAGAAAAUGGCGUUGGAAACCCACGUGUAGAGCUUACCCUCUCCGAGCUCCAGGAUAUGGCAGCCAGGCAACAACAGCAAAUUGAAAAUCAGCAGCAAAUGUUGGUUGCCAAGGAGCAGCGUUUACAUUUCCUAAAGCAGCAGGAACGCCGCCAGCAGCAGUCUAUUUCUGAGAACGAGAAGCUUCAGAAAUUGAAAGAACGAGUCGAAGCCCAGGAAAAUAAGCUGAAGAAAAUUCGUGCCAUGAGAGGACAAGUAGACUACAGCAAAAUUAUGAACGGCAAUCUGUCUGCUGAGAUAGAAAGGUUCAGCGCCAUGUUCCAGGAGAAGAAGCAGGAAGUGCAGACUGCGAUUUUGCGAGUUGAUCAGCUCAGUCAGCAGCUGGAAGAUUUAAAGAGAGGCAAGCUGAGCGGGCUCCCGGCGUACAGCGGCAAGCUGGCGGGACCGGCCGCGGCAGAACUGAAGAGACUGUGCCAGGAGCUACAGAUUCGUAACCAGCUUAACCAGGAACAGACUUCAAAGCUCCAGCAGCAGAAGGAACUCUUGAACAAACGCAACAUGGAGGUGGCCGUGAUGGACAAGCGGAUCAGUGAGCUGCGUGAGCGUCUCUAUGGGAAGAAAAUUCAGCUGAGCCGGGUGAAUGGCACGUCGUCCCCACAGUCGCCGCUGAGCACACCUGGCAGGGUGGCUGCGGUGGGGCCUUACAUCCAGGUGCCCAGCGCCGGCAGCUACUCUGUCCCCGGGGACCCCAUAAAGCCCCAGUCUCUCACCAUUGCCUCGAGCGCUGCCCACGGAAGAUCCAAAUCCGCCAAUGAUGGAAACUGGCCAGCACUGAAGCAAAACUCCAGCUCUUUGGCAAAGCCCACGCAGGUUGCCGGUGCGGACUGGAAGGACUCGAGCGCGGAGGGCGCCCUCAAGCAGGGGGCCGUUUCCAGCCAGCCGGCGCCCUUGUCAACUUUAGGAGCCACGGAGAAGCCGGGCAUGGAGAUGGGUAAAGUGCCACCCCCCAUCCCCGGUGUCGGCAAGCAGCCGCCUCCGAGCUAUGGGACGUACCCAAGUCCUGCGCCUGUGGGCCCAGGCUCCACGAACUCGCUGGAGAGGAGGAAGGAAGGCAGCUUGCCCAGGCCUAGCGCCGGCCUGCCCAGUCGGCAGAAACCCGGCCCGCUGCCCCCUGCAGUCAGCGGCCCCCCGCCGGGCUCCUCACAGCAGAUCCAGCAGAGGAUUUCUGUGCCGCCAAGUCCCACGUACCCGCCGGUGGGGCCGCCCGCCUUUCCAGCUGGAGACAGCAAACCUGACCUCCCACUGACGGUGGCUAUUAGGCCCUUUCUGGCUGAUAAAGGGUCAAGACCACAGUCCCCCAGGAAAGGACCCCAGACAGUGAAUUCAAGUUCCAUAUACUCCAUGUACCUCCAGCAAGCCACACCUCCUAAGAAUUACCAGCCAGCAGCGCACAGCACCUUAAACAAGUCUGUGAAAGCAGUGUAUGGCAAACCCGUGCUGCCCUCCGGCUCGACGUCCCCGUCUCCGUUGCCGUUUCUCCACGGGUCGUUGGCCACAAGCACGUCGCAGUCCCAACCACCUUCAGAAGGCGCUGAGAAAGAACCCGAGCAGGACAGCCCCGCGCCCCCCGGAGACGGCAGCACGGGCACUGGCGCCGUGGAGAGCCUGCCGCGGCCGCUCAGCCCCACCAAGCUCACCCCCAUCGUGCACUCGCCGCUGCGCUACCAGAGCGACGCCGACCUGGAGGCCCUGCGCCGGAAGCUGGCCAACGCGCCGCGGCCCCUGAAGAAGCGCAGCUCCAUCACCGAGCCUGAGGGCCCCGGCGGGCCCAACAUCCAGAAGCUGCUGUACCAGCGCUUCAACACCCUGGCGGGGGGCAUGGAGGGCACCCCUUUCUACCAGCCCAGCCCCUCGCAGGACUUCAUGGGCACGCUGGCCGACGUGGACAAUGGAAACACCACCAAUGGGAACCUGGGAGAGGCCAGCCCUGCCCAGCCCACAGCCCCGGCCCUCGCUGAGCCAGCCCCGUCUUCGGACGCCAAUGACAACGAGCUCCUUUCCCCUGAACCGGGGGGCCUCAUCUGUCCCCAGAGCACCCGCCAGACGACCGAACCUGCUGAAGAUGACAACAACAACGUGGCCACGGCCCCACCCACGGAGCAGGUCCCUAGCCCUGGGGCCGAGGCCCCCUCGCCGGGGGAGGACCAAGUCCCCCCAGCACUGCCCCCCGCCAUGCCCCCACCAGGAGCCUCUACGCAGAGCAGGCGGACCAACCUGAAGAAACCAAACUCGGAGCGGACGGGGCAUGGGCUGAGGGUCCGGUUCAAUCCGCUGGCGCUGCUCCUUGAUGCUUCUCUGGAAGGGGAGUUCGACCUGGUGCAGAGGAUCAUCUAUGAGGUGGAGGACCCCAGCAAGCCCAACGACGAAGGGAUCACGCCCCUGCACAACGCCGUCUGCGCCGGCCACCACCACAUCGUCAAGUUCCUCCUGGACUUCGGGGUCAACGUGAACGCCGCUGACAGCGAUGGCUGGACGCCGCUGCACUGCGCAGCCUCUUGCAACAGCGUCCACCUCUGCAAACAGCUGGUGGAGAGCGGCGCCGCCAUCUUCGCCUCCACCAUCAGCGACAUCGAAACGGCCGCGGACAAGUGUGAGGAGAUGGAGGAAGGCUACAUCCAGUGCUCCCAGUUCCUGUAUGGGGUGCAGGAGAAGCUAGGCGUGAUGAACAAAGGAGUGGUGUAUGCCCUGUGGGGCUACGAGGCCCAGAACAGCGAUGAGCUGUCCUUCCACGAGGGGGACGCCAUCACCAUCUUGCGGCGCAAAGACGAGAGCGAGACGGAGUGGUGGUGGGCUCGCCUCGGGGACCGGGAGGGCUACGUGCCCAAGAACCUGCUGGGGUUGUAUCCGCGGAUCAAACCCCGACAGCGCACGCUGGCCUGAACUUGCCAUUGGAGCACUGCCCGGGCUCGCCAGCCGAGGGGCCGCCAGAGAGGUCGCUCCGCCGUUUCUCCAGGAAAGCUGAAGCCGGACACGGUUGAUAAUGGUGCUCACUUUAGCAGACGGCGUCCGCGAUGUGAAAUUCCCGCAGCUUCUGGGUGAGGCCCUGUCUUCAGUUUGCCCUUAACUGGGAGAGGUACUUUUGCCUCCAAGAAGACUGAAUUUUGCCAAUUACUGUAAAUCCAAAUAAAUAUCCAGCUUUCUAAA